AUGGAGACCAUCAGUCGACUACCCCGACGCCUGACACAACUCUACUCCGACACCAAAACCACAUGCGAUGCCGUCGUGGAACAGGAUACCAAAGACAUGCCCGAGUCGCACGCGCUGCAUCGCAAGUUCAGGAUACAGAAGGACCGGCUUAUAACAUGGGGCGUCGACUGGAGCGACAACUCCAAGGGGAAGCAGGGCGACAUCGACGACAGCGUGGAAGAGGCAGGCAUGACGGAGACGGUCACAAGUGUGCUUGGCACCAUCAAAGAAAUCCUCGACGAGGCGGAAAAGAUGCACCCGGGCACAUCUGCUGCGGGUGGGGGAAAGACACUGUCUGGAGAGAAGAGCCGACCUGACCUUCCCUCGUGGGCGGCCGCCGACAGGUCACGUUACGAGGACCUCAUCAAGGACCUUACCACUUCCAUCGACAUACUCUACGAUCUCUCACGGAAUCGAAGAGCCCAAAGAAGCAAUGAACGUGGUGUUAGUCCAGGAAAAGCUGCGACGCGUCCCAGCACAUCUACUCCUGUAUUCCUGUCGCCCGACUAUAAUGCUUCUGACCUGACGCUUGUCAAUCCAGCCACCUUCCCUUUGAAUGCACAUACCCUCAAAUCUCAUCUUCCACCAAGACUGGAUCCUGCAGACCUGAGCCUACCUGACGAAGAACCUCCACCAUACGAGAGCGUUGGGACUACUUCUGUUCGUGUCGUGGGUCGUUUGCGGUCUCGUCACAGCUCCACGAACCCCUGGAAGACGGACGGCAGUAGGAACAUAGAGACUUGCGUUCUGGUUGACUAUGCAUGCUACGAUCCCGCCUAUCGUCUUACUGAAGUAUCUCCGCCCACAGAGCGCCUUGAGAGCCUUCUGUCCAUAUUGACGAAGCUGUCCAACAACCAAUCUUUCCACGGUACCCUCAAGUGCCUUGGUUAUUUCGAAGAUCCAAAGCAGCCGCGUUUCGGCCUUGUCUUCGAACUACCCACCUCAGUCUACUCGGGACCAGCUGAUUCUCACAAACCAAUCGAGGAACUCAAGCCAGUUACACUGCUCAGUGUAUUACAGACGGGCUCCAAGUCUUUGCACAACUCCAACAGUGCCACUCCGCCACUUGAAGACCGCUUUCGCCUGGCCUUCACGCUCGCCUUGACAUUCAGUAAGAUUCACGGCGACAACUUCCUUCACAAAGACGUCAACAGCACCAACAUUAUGGUCUUCAAGAAGACCAAGAGGCAUUCUGCCAAUAGCAGAGCGUUACAAUACUCGCUGCGAUCACCCGUCAUAUGUUCCUUCGAUCUGUUCUCCGACUUUGACAUCGAGACUCCCAAGACAACACCAACAUUGAACAUCUAUCGGCAUCCCCAGGAUCCCAAGUUUACUGGAAGCAAGGACCAAGAAUACAACGCCAACUUCGAUCUCUAUGGCCUGGGAUUGGUACUGCUUGAAAUAGGAUUAUGGGUGCCUUUGCUUGAUCUUUGGAAGCAAAAGUACACCCUGAGUGACUUCAAGCAGCGGAUAGAAGAUGUGUACAUUCGUAGGCUCGCCUCAAAAUGCGGAACAGCCUAUAUGCAGGUGGUGCGCGACUGCUUCUGGGCAGCCGAUGUCAAGGGCGAUAAUACGAUCGAUGUCCCGCAGGUCUACACCCGCAUUCUUACCAGAUUGCAACGCUGUUGCAUGCUCGACGAGUCUGAACCUGGUUUCGACUUGAGCGAACUGAGACCGGGUGCUACACCCAUACAGCAAGCAUCUCCAUUGAAGCGCAAGAGCGUGAGUCAGCCACAAAUCGCAACCGAUGCUCAGUCAAGUCCGUCGUAUAGGAGUGCAAAGCGAUGGGCACUAGAAAAAGGAUCACAGGCUCUGGAGAGGACCAAGUCUCUUUCAAAGAAGUCGCCGGAUCUCUCAUUAACUCGCAAUCCAUCCCGGAGCUCGCAACACUCCAUUCGAAAGAGCAUCUCCGAAAGUCUACGCAUGAUGAGUCCAAAACAGGAAGCAUCAGAGAUGGAGUGGGAGCAGAGAGAUCCUCUAGAAGAAUCAGGUACUCUUGUCGCAACCCCGCCAAACUCGCAAGACCCCAGCGACAAUUCUUCUUUGUAUAGGGAGCGUGUGAUAACCGCCGCGUCAACGAUUCAGCGCGCAUGGCGACAAUCACGCAACCCUCCCAAUCGAGGCGCAAUGCUUCAAGACUACAAAGACAAAAUCACCAUCAUCCAAAAAGCCUGGCGCCAGACAAAGCAGAAACGGAGUAACAAUACUGUCUCAGCCCUCGUCAGUGACGGACUCAGACACUGGCCGCAAGCUACUCUCGGCUACCCUACACCUGAACCCGAGCUCCAAAUCAGGACGGUAGAUUCAAGUGAGAGCUACGUUACAUCCUCAAUACAAAUCGAGACCGACGUGGAACCCAUUUCUCGGCCGAAACUUCGUCUCUUCCCCGUAAAGUUCACGCCCGAGAUUGUGGAUGAGUGGCACUCGUCUAUGUUGCCCCGUCUUGAGCGCCUGAUCGAACGUGCGCUUAAAGACUCCGAAGAGACUGUCAGCAUUGAUCUUGUCGCUAUCGGAGAAGUGCUAGAGAAAGCCAAGCCUACUGUAUUCGUCACCUGUACCAGUGUUGCAAAGGUCAAAACCAUUCUCAAUCGUCGCUUCCGCUAUGAUGAGAAUGUGUAUGACCUUAAAGUCCGGAGGGGAAAGAUCAGGCGGUCCAAGAUGAGCCGUUCCUCGCGCCGCACUAGGCCACCCCAUCGAUCGAUGAUGAACACAAACCCCUACGACGCCGACAUGCCUGUCAUGAACCCCUACCAUCAGGAGCGCCCACUGUGUGGGGCUUCCAUUGGAGCUUUCAACGGUGAGCACCUGCCUCCAGUGUCCUAUGGUGGAGUCAUCUUGGUCGAUGAUGAGCCACUGGGCAUGAGUGUCCAUCACCUACUCGACGCACCAUCUGAUGAUGAGGAUGACGUCGGUGAGGAACCCGAUAGCCCCUAUCCGAGUGAUGUGAUGCUAUCUAGUGCAGCGAACAAUCCUUGGUUGAUGGGAAUGGGUGCGCAGCCAGAUCUUUAUCUAGAGUCGGAUGAGCCUGCUGCAAUGUGGGAUCUUGAACUUUCAGAUGACGAGGACAUGAAGAGUGAAGAUGAAGACGCUGAUCUUGAUUCCCUCGACUUCUCUGAUAGCGAGCUUGAAUCUGACGAUGACUCUGCCGAAGACAUGGCAGAUUCUAUCGUCUCACGCGCGACCAUGGGCGACAUUGAUGGUGUUGUUCCAGGCGAAGGCGAGGAGAUUAAGAUCACGCAGCCAGCCAUCGACGACGUCGACGCAGACUUCUUCCCCAACGAAGAAGAUCGCGACGACGACCAUCUCUCCUCGCACGAACUGGGCCACGUUCAUGCUUCUUCCGGCAUUCGCCGCUGGAAGCGCGACGGUAUCCUCCACGAAAUCGACUGGGCGCUCCUCAAACUCAAAGAGGAUCGCCUCCAACCAUACAACAUUUGCCAAGGAGGCCGCCGCUUCUGCAUGGGCAACAUGACACCCGAACAACGCGCCAUAGCCUCCAAGCUCGAAAAGCCAGUCAACCGCCGCAAUUUUACGCCGGAAGAAGACGAGUACCCCAACGGUGUGGCUCCCGCAUCCUCCCUCGGUGGUAUGUCUGUGCAUUGUUUCGGCCGCACAACAGGCCUCCAAGGCGGCAUGGUCAGCAGCGUCAUGUCCGCCGUUCGCAUCUACCACCGUAAAUCCUUCUCCCGCUCCUGGCACGUCGCCGGCGGCUUCGGUAAAGGUGGCGACAGCGGAGCCUGGGUCGUGCAAAACGGCCACCACAAAGUCAUCGGCCACGUCCUUGCAUUCUGUCACAAGAACCAAAUCGCCUACAUCUGCCCUAUGGAAGUCCUCCUAGAAGACAUCAAGCGCACACUAGGCGCCAAACGCAUCUACCUCCCUGGCUCUGUUGAGCAGACGCUGUACAAGGCCAAGAAGGCUAGACACCAUGACGUCAUCGAGGACCUGAGUUCGAGGGUUCAGGGUCUGGGUAUUGUGGAUUCUGCGGUUGAUGUUAGGGAGAGUUUUGGGUCGGGGCCGCCGGCCAAUGGCGGCUUGUGGGAGAGGUUGGAGAGGGAAGGGAAUAGCGAUAGGGAGAAUACUAGAUCGGCUAUGAGGAGUAGUAUCAUGCGUGUCAAUGAGGGGAGGGAUGGAGGUUUGGAAAUGAGUGUUAAGUAG